AUGCGACUACCCCUCUUAGCUCAGCGUCGAAGUAUCUUUAUCAUCAUAUCAGUAUCAGCACUCUUUUUUCUGACCUGGCUCUCCCAACCCAAACACACUCAUAUAACGACUAUAAUCCAGGAUCCGAUCCCAUUCCAUUCCCAUUCCAGAUUACUUCCAUUCCGUUUCUGGAAUCACCGUUCCGUUUACCCAGAAAGGUACAAGGACAGUUCUUGUAUGAAAUGUCCUGGAAUUAGUGAUUUGAAGUAUGCAGCUGCUUCCUGGCAGUGGCUGCCGAUUGUGAAUGGAAGUGUGUAUAUUUAUGGAGCGUACUGGGACCCCAGGUUUGAAGAACCAUUGGUCAGGAUCCUGGUGUACUGUGAUGUCGUUCCGUUGCCUAAACUAUACUGUCAGUUGUGGUUCCCAAACGACAAUGAACCACAAACGGUGCUGGCGACCCCAGUAUACGGCUGGAAACCAGAGUGGGAUGGGCCUACCAUGGGGGUGAACGAGCCUUACAUUCUAACCUGCAGCUGUAGACGACAUCCCCCUGAGAAGGAGAUAGCCCCGGUCGCUGUGUCUGUGGUCACAGCUCCGUGCGGUGAUGCUACUAAUGUUUUAGAUAUUCAGAACGCGCCAUUCAACGUGGACAUUAACAAGAAAACAAGAUCAUACCGCAACGAUUCUUCUAUAGCAGUUUGUCUCAAAUGGCUCCACUACCGGAAUGAUAUAUCCGGACGUCUAGUGGAGUGGCUACAGCUUAUCAAGCAGUUUGAAGUUAAUAAAGUCUACAUAUACAUCCUCAGGAUACACCAAAACAUACGAAAAGUCUUAAAGUACUACGUAGAACAAGGUUUUGUAGUAGUCACAGAGAUCGACCACCCGCCACAAAUCUCUGGGCUGCAGCAAUCAAAAAGUGACCGAGACUUUCGAGACUUGAGGAGGGAACUUCUACCUCUGAACGACUGUCUCUAUAGGAACAUCUUGCGCCACGCCUGGUUGCUAUCCAUAGACUUGGAUGAGAUUAUUGUACCUCCUCCAAAUGAAACAUUGUCUUCAAUGAUCGAGGCACAAAUAGCCAAUAGGUCUGGUAGAGCAUUUGAUGCUCUGGUCUUUAGAAACUUCUUCGUGUUGGAUGGAGCUCAGAAAGAUUUGGCAGGACCUUCUAAAGCACGUAUACUGUCGCACACUUGGCGGGCUAUUGUGCCUAGUCCAGCUGGAUAUAUGAUCAAGUCGUUUGCCAACACAUCAUCUGUAAUAGCUAUGCACAACCACUUGCCCAUAUCGUGUCACACACCAUGUUCCUUCAGCGAUGUGCCUCCGGAAGGUCCAGGUAGACUUCUACACUUCAGAGAAAAAUGUUCUUACGAUACUAAAGACUGUCCUGAACUACAUGAUGUAAUUAAAGAAGAUAAUCUUGCAAGUUGGCGUGUAACUGUUUUAAAAGAGAUUACACAUAUUUUGCGGAUCUUAGAUUUGGAGCCGUUGGAGUAA